AAGCCAAUUUUCGUUUUCCCCCUUCCCCGCUGCGCGGCUCAAGGAAAGUUCUCGCGCUGCCUUGAGCUCUGGCUGGGAGGAGCCCUGGAACCUGUACGGCGCGGAACCUGCGUUUCCGGAAUUCGGAUUGCGCGAGGCGCGUCUUUGUGACGUGUUUCCCGUUAUUGUAUUUCCUUUGCAUGCGGCCCUGUGUGCCGAGUUUGAUCAAGCUAUGGCCCCGCGGGUCUGGCGCCGACGGACCCUGAACCGUUGUCUGAGGGAGGUUGGUAAAGCCACCGGCCAGCCGGAGUGUUUCCUCACGAUUCAAGAUGGAUUGGCAUCAAACUUUACUUCUUUAACAAAAGUUCUUUAUGACUUUACUAAAAUAUUGGAGAAUGGUAGAGUCCAAGGAAGUCCUUUACAAAAAUUGGUGAUAAACAGAUUUGAUGAUGAGCAGAUUUGGCAGCAACUAGAACUGCAGAAUGAACCAGUUUUACAGUACUUGCAGAAUGCAGUUAGUGAAACCGUUAAAGACAAAGACAUCAGUCUUCUCCCAGAGGGUGAGGAGGACGGCUCAGAGACGGAGGCUGAUGGCCCAGCGGAUCUAGAACGAGAUUUAGAAGAGGAGGAAGUACCGCACCGGAGUGUUAGUGGUCCCAAAGGGGAUGAGAGAGCUAAAAGCUCAGACAAAUUCGGUCUGAGGAGAAGCCCGGUUUUCAGUGAUGAGGAUUCUGAUCUUGACUUUGAUAUCAGCAAGUUGGAACAGCAGAGCAAGGUGCAAAGCAAAGUGCCUGGGAAACCAAGAGAAAAGUCCAUAGUAGAUGAUAAAUUCUUCAAACUAUCUGAAAUGGAGACCUUUUUAGAAAACAUAGAAAAGGAAGAACAAAAAGAUGAUGAUGAGGAAGAAGAUAUUGAUUUUUUUGAAGAUGUUAAUUCUGAUGAAGAUGAGGAAGGACUCUUUGAAAGUCAAAAACUUAAGUCAGGUAAAAGUUCCAGAAAUCUGAAAUACAAAGAUUUCUUUGAUCCAGUUGAAAGUGAUGAAGACCUAGCAAGUGUUCACGAUGAUGAACUGGGUUCAAAUGAAGAAGAGGAAGAGAUUGCUGAAGAAACAGAAAAAAGCAGUUCUGAAACAGAUGAAGAUAAUGACCUUGAAGAAAAUGAAGAUGGUAAACAACAUAAAGUAACCUUUGCUUUGCCAGUUGAUGAGGAAACAGAAAUUACAGAUAUCUUCAACGUAGAGAAAGAUUCUGAUAAAGUUAAAUCCUCUUUUGAAAAAAGACAGGAAAAGAUGAAUGAAAAAAUUGCAUCUUUAGAAAAAGAGUUGUUGGAAAAAAAAACCUGGCAGCUUCAAGGAGAAGUGACAGCACAAAGGCGACCAGAGAACAGCCUUCUAGAGGAGACCCUGCACUUUGACCAUGCUGUCCGCAUGGCACCCGUGAUCACAGAGGAAACUACCCUUCAACUAGAAGAUAUCAUUAAGCAGAGAAUAAGAGAUCAGGCUUGGGACGAUGUUGUACGUAAAGAAAAACCUAAAGAGGAUGCAUAUGAGUACAAAAAGCGCAUAACAUUAGACCAUGAGAAGAGCAAAUUGAGCCUUGCUGAAAUUUAUGAACAGGAAUACAUCAAACUCAACCAGCAAAAAACAGCAGAAGAAGAAAAUCCAGAGCAUGUAGAAAUUCAGAAGAUGAUGGAUUCACUCUUCUUAAAGUUGGAUGCCCUUUCAAACUUUCACUUCAUCCCUAAACCGCCUGUUCCAGAGAUAAAGGUUGUGUCAAAUCUGCCAGCCAUAACCCUGGAGGAAGUAGCCCCAGUGAGUGUCAGUGACGCAGCUCUCCUGGCCCCAGAGGAAGUCAAGGAAAAAAAUAAAGCUGGAGACAUAAAAACAGCUGCUGAAAAAACAGUUACAGACAAGAAACGAGAACGGAGGAAAAAGAAAUUUCGGAAGCAUAUGAAAAUAAAGGAGAAGGAAAAACGGAGAAAGCUGCUUGAAAAGAGCAAGCCAGAUCAGGCAGGGAAAUACACAAAAGCCGUAGCUUCAGAGAAGUUGAAAAAGCUGACCAAAACAGGCAGAGCGUUGUUAUUAAAGGAUGAAGGUAAAGACAAAGCCUUAAAGUCAUCUCAAGCAUUCUUUUCUAAAUUACAAGAUCAAGUAAAGAUGCAAAUCAAUGACGCAAAGAAAACAGAAAAGAAAAAGAAGAAAAGACAAGAUAUUUCUGUUCAUAAAUUAAAGCUGUAAUGUAUUUAAAUAUAAUGUAAAUAUUAAUGUGUAAGCUUAUGUUCUGUCAUUGUUUUGUUUGUAAUAAAAUUUUUGAGAAGUU